UUGAGUUUGUUUUUAUCAGCAAAUCAUUUUUAUUAAAAUUUUGCUGUUGGAUGAACUAAUGGACGCAGUAGGAGUCAGAACUAACCCUCAAAAGGGUCAAUUAAUAAAUUGAAACUUCAUUUGUCUUUAUGAAAUGAUAAAGAAGUUUCGUGUAAAAAAGGUCACGACAAGCAAGAAUGUCUCGAACUGGGACAUUGGAUAGUCUACCUUGGGUACGCAAGGAAUUUAAUAGUUGAGAUCUGACAUCACGAUACUCCACGCAUGUCCAAACGACAUGAUCAAUAUCCCGAUAACCUUCUUCACAAGCACAAUGAUUAGUUUCGGAAAGUCCAAUUCGAAGAAGGUGUGCAUCUAACGUGUAGUGAUUGGACAUGAGUUUGGACAUCACACGAAUGAAAUCCCUACUCACAUCCAGUCCCUUGAACCAUGCCUUUGUCGAUAUUUUAGGAAUAAUUGAGUGCAUCCACCGACCCAGAUCAUCUCUAUCCCGAGAAGCUUGCCAGCUGGCAAGUGAUCUUUGCCGAGUCGCGCUAUAGAAUUCGUUGAAGGCAAUCGGUCGCACAUAAAUUUCACCUUCAAUAGCACCACGUUUGGCAAAACUAUCGGUUCUUUCAUUGCCUGAAAUGGAACAAUGAGCCGGGACCCAAAGUCAUUUCGCCGAAAGGGUUGUUUCGCCGAAUGACAUAUCGCCGAAUGGGUCACUUCGCCGAAUGCCAUUUCGCCGAAAGCCGUUUCGCCGAAAGUCAUUUCGCCGAAAGGGUUAUUUCGCUGAAUGACAUAUCGCCGAAUGGGUCACUUCGCCGAAUGCCAAUUCGCCGAAAGCCAUUUCGCCGAAAGGGUCAUUUCGCCGAAUGCUGAAAUCGUCUUGAAAUCGUAAUUAGAAUUGAUUUAAAUUAAAGACAAACGAUAGAUGAUAGCGUUAACGCCCGUUUUGUUAACCUAACAUUGUACUUCUUGAAUAAUGAUUGACAAGUUACCAGCAACCUAUCGUGCUGUACAGUCGAUAGUUAUCGUCCGUGCUAUAUUUAAAAGUUUACUGACGAACAGUAUCAAAAGGUUUAUUUAUCGCUUUUGUUAACACGCAACGGUUUUCGCGUUUAGAAUGCGGGAAAAUACGUUCCGUGUGGAUUACUCACAGUUUCCGAAGCACCUUUCCCACGAUGUAAUUCUUAAAUUCAUCGGGAAGGAACUCGGUCUAUUGCGUGAAAACGUCCUUCAAAUUCAGCCAAGGAAGAGGCUAGGUUGUACUUUUGUAAAGGUCAACAGCCUCACCGUAGCCGAGGAAAUCGUAAAACAACACGACAACAAGCAUGAAUUCACGAUCGACGGGGAAGUAUACAAACUACGUAUAACGAUGGAAGACGGAGCAGUAGAAGUGCAAAUCUUCGAUUUUCCCGAGGAUGUCACCAACGAACAUGUGGCUUCGUUCCUUUCUGACUACGGUGAAGUUCUCAGUGUUCGUGACCUAUUAUGGGACAGUCGAUAUGGUAUUUUUGAAGGAAUAAGUACAGGAGUUCGCAUCGCUAGAAUGGUCGCAAAGACGAACAUUCCCUCUCUCGUUACAAUAUAGGGAGAAGACACAGCUUGUAGCAUUACCGAAUAAAUUAAAGAUUGUAUGGCCCCUCGCGUUGAUGGCCAACUAUCAGUAUCGCAUACAAUUCUAAAUAAAUUCUCUCGAGAGUUCCAUUCGAGUACUAAUGAAUAUUAUAGUACGCACUCUCACACCGGACCUGGUUGACUGGUUGGAACUGAGAUACGUUCGACGGGUGGUCGAGACGCGGGCGUCACCCCCCUAUUUGAAGUAGGUUUCUUUUUCUUAGCUUAUAAACUUGAUAAUGCGAUAUACCGAGAAGAAUAUGUCUUUCUCUGGGUUUUAAAAGGGAUCGUUCGGACUGACUCAAACUUCUUUGUUAGGAGGUCAAUGCUCUGGGAACAUUCGGGGGAGAUUGAAAUCGUGUACAGGAGAGAUUCGGAAAACUUCAUAAUUAAUUACGUAGUUCCGGAAGGGAAUAUUUUACUCACGCUUAAUCUGAGGACUCCAAAGAUCUGAUCAUCCACUUUGUUCUGGAUCGUGGAAGAGGCAGGAGUGGUUUAAUUUUGUUCCGCGCCUCGAUGUGUAGUUUUAGGUAACCUAAAAUAUCUUGAGUUUCCCUUUAUCAGUUCACCAUAAAAUAGUUUUCCUUCCCCAGUGCCAAGCUAUAAGGCAAGUUAGUGGCUCCGAGUUUAUUGGAGCAUAGUUAGUAUCGGUAUUAUCGAUUAAAGGUAAGGUGCAACCUUGCGAACGAUGUAGUGCGUUUUCUAAAACCAGCAUGUUGUUGGGUGCGUGUCUUUGUGCAGGUUCUUCGUGCUGCAAAAUUCCCGUCACAUCGACCAACCAGUAUCAACGACCACUUUUGACCCCACCAUCUAGCUACAAAGUUCCCGGUGAACCGACCGGAAGAGCGCUGAUCGUCAAAAGUCAACCACGCGCUAGGUAGGGAGCAGUAACCGUCGCUUCGAUCCGUCCCGACAUCAGAUAAUUACCGCGUGGAACGUGGUGAACGCAAACCAGAAAUCCGGAUCUUCUGCGGGCCCGAAUCUGCCAGCAAUCGGCAAGGAAAUCGCGCUGGCGUCCGUAAAGCAGUCAAUGUUCGUCGGUCUCCAGCAUCGACCCGUAAACCACGUAAAACCAUGGUAAAGUGAGUACAAACCGUUUUCUUUUCUUGACAUGCGCAUGAUCAAUAUAUAUAAUGAACCCCACGUAAUUAGUCACAUGGGCUAAAUCACCACGAUUUAUUGAAACCAUCUUAAAGCCCGGGUUCGAAAACGUUUUUUUUUGUCUGGUGGAUUUCCUUUGCUGCCACCUGUGAAAAUCCUAGGUCGGCGAUGAACCCGCCGUAUAAAUCUGUACAAGGAAACGCACGCACCUUACCCCCCGUCACUCAUUUUCGGAUGAAUACCAGUCUAGGAAUUAGCUCCGACAGUAUCAAAUAUGCACUGGGAAAGUAGAGAGAGAGAAGUGACAGUAGCCAGAUCAGUUCGCAUACCGCACACAAAGCUAGCUAGCAUGUAGAGAGUUUGGAAGUCGAUCCCUACCAAGAUGAAAAUAUAAUAUACUUUUUUUUGGUUUGUAAUAAAAGCAGAAUUUCGUUUGUGUAUUUUAAAUAGUGUUUAAUUUUUUUGGUAGCGGUGACUAUUUAUGGUAUUUUCAGGUGAAGGUUUUCUCAAGAUAUUCGGGCGAUUAGAUUUCGGAUAAUUUUUGUAGAUCUACCCUCCCUAAUCCCCUCGCGAGCUGGAGCCCUGUGGCUGCUAAAGUCUUUACCAGUGAUGAAAAGCAUCGUUUGAGUGAAUCUUCUUUAUUCGUCUGGUCUUACUGUGGCGAUUUCGGUUUUCAGCGGGUGUUUUCUUUGGGGUGUUGGCGGACUAUCAAGGUCACCUGAGCCACGUUGGACCGUCUCGACUGGAACUCAGAAACAGACAAUACCCGCCCAUAGGAAGGGUCUCAAUUAGCUGGGCAAACAAACAAGGCGUUUGGUCUCCUUAGGGAGUGGCGCAAAAAAAUCAUUCGCUAAAUUUUGAAACGGGUCUAGUUCCAACGGUCUUAGGUUACAAAUGGCGCCCAACGUGAUUUGGCAAAAUAUCUUAAGAUUAAAGUAAUUAAAUUGUGUAUAUAUACAGAUUUUUGAAAUUAUUUGUUAAGAUGCUAAGAUUUACGAAAAACAUUUUGUUUGUGUGUUAAAUAAGUUUAUUGUCAAACUGAUUCUUCUUUACAUACAUUGGGAAUAACUUGUAGUAAUAUUUAUUGUAUCAUAUAUUUUUCCCAUCUAACAUAAGUAAGCGAUACAAUACGGGAUAGUACAUCAUCUCUCAAAGAUGGAUCGAUUUCCAUAUGCUGAGCAUUUAAAUUCUGAGGAGGUUGACUAUGAACUUCUGAUCAGAGGACAGUUAGAAGCAUCCAACUGUGAACUUGACCUGGCUGGUAAACAGAGGCUUCUAAGAACCCUAUUUAAAGCCGACAUCAAAAAUAGUCAAAACUAUCGAUCACCUUUCAAUAUUUCGGCAGAAUUUUCUCACAUUUCGGGAUGGGUUGCAGACUUAUCUAGAUCAUUAAUGCGAAUUGGGGUUGAACCGCGAUUUGAAUCGCGUAUGCUACACUACUGGUAUCGUGCAAAGCGGUGCCAGACAGUGACUGAAGAUCAGAAAAAGAUGCGGAGAGAGUUAGUGCGUCGAAUUGAAGAGUGCAUGCGAACACAUAAGAUAGGCCCACCAACGUUCACAAUCAAGCAGUUGAUUAACGACAAACUACAAACAACAAAUGCAAUGAGUAGCCAGGGCCAGAGUGACAAACGACACGACUUCGAUCGAUCCCUUCCGCAACAAGGUACAAAAUCGGCAAAGGAGACGGGUACUAGACCAAAAGACAGUCGCCGGAUGCACACGAGUACACCGAUUGAAACAGAGAACAAUUUAGAGUUGAGCUGUAAAAUCGAAAAGAUGGAACAGAUGCUUAAAAACUUGACUAACAAGUUUUCGGCGUAUGGUUUACGAGGUAACAAUAGAAGGGGGAAAGAGGAGAGAUCAGAUUGGUUCUUCACCUUUGUUGAUGAGUUCGACGACUGGGCAACUUUCGAAAAACUGAUUAAAUACCGCUUUGGAAAUCCAAAUCAGGACCAGGGGAUUCGCACGAAAAUCCAAGAGCGAAAACAAAUGCGAGGCGAAACUUUCAUAGCAUUUGUCACCGAAAUCGAGAAGUUGAACCGAAUGCUGUCGAAGCCACUGUCACGGAACCGGAAGUUUGAGGUGAUCUGGGAUAACAUGAGACAGCAUUAUCGAUCAAAGAUCUCAAUAGUGGAAGUCAAAAACCUGCAACAUCUGCUGAAGUUAAACCACAGAAUCGAUGCAGCGGAUUCAAAUCUACAACAAGCAUGGGAGCCGCAUCCCAGAAGACCAGUGAACAACGUAGAGGUCGAACAGAGCGACUCAGAGAGCGAUAACCUCAUAGACGUUAACGCAAUGCGAAUGCGAUCCACAGAACACACGAAGCCAGUAGCAAACUCACAAUAUCAGCGAAUAAUAUCUCCAAGUAUUACCAGAAAUGAUCAAAGUCACCACAAGACCAAUGAUUCAAUUCGGCCAUGGACCUGUUGGAAUUGCCGACAGGAAGGACACGCGUGGCGGGAUUGUACCAAACCGAAGGUUAUAUUUUGCUACGGUUGCGGAAAUUUAGGUAGAACGCUGCGAUGCUGCGAACGUUGCACGACCAUCGCACGACCGUUUACACACGGAACCCAACAGGAAAACUUAUAAAGGGAUGGGAGUUGGGGAAUCCGACUGUCCCUACCAACAAACAGAUUCCCAUAAACGAACAUUGUUUUGAAUUUGACCCCCUACUGCGCAUCCACCAUAUAAGAAUAAACGUAAAAAAAUGCCCCCACAUUAGAGUGAAGGUGUUUGAAACUGAAAUGGAAGCUUUACUAGACUCGGGGGCGGGCAUAAGUGUGAUCAACUCUCCGAUACUGACCGAACAAUAUGGCUUGAAAAUCCUCCUGGUAGCGUUACGCGUGAGCACAGCGGACGGAACAGAGUAUAAGUGCUUAGGAUACUUAAACAUCCCAUUCACGUAUAAAAAUAAAACAAAAAUAGUGCCAACGAUCAUCGUUACUCAAAUCUCCAGACCGUUAAUCCUAGGUGUAGACUUUUGGGAUUCCUUUGGCAUCCAACCAAUGAUUGAUGUUGGAAAUGGACCAGAAAAAAUCAAAACUAGUAUAAACUCAACGCUUUGUUUCAACAUUGAACCCACGAGUGAGGUCCCUAAAAUAGAUCAACAAGUGGCAGAUGAAACGUUAGACGUCCCAACAAUGGACGACGUGCCAGAACCGGUUCCGGAAAUGAUUGAGACGGAACAUGAGUUAAAUGAAAAACAACGGGCCGAAUUAAUUCGGGUAAUAAAAGAGUUCGAAUUCACUUCUCCUGGGAAAUUAGGUCGCACAAGUCUGAUUCAACACGAGAUAAUUUUCAAAGAAGACGCAAAACCUAGAUUCCAACCAGUUUAUAUAUGUUCGCCUUUUAUACAACACCAAAUCGACGCAGAAAUUGAGCGCUUUAAGACGCUGGAUGUAAUCGAAGAAUGCUAUAGUGAAUGGACUAAUCCGCUAGUCCCAUUCAAAAAGGCGAAUGGAAAAAUUCGCGUUUGCCUAGACUCUCGGAUAAUCAAUGCAAUGACGGUGAAGGAUGGAUACCCGAUGCAGAACAUGCAAGAUAUCUUCCACCGUUUGGGGCACGCGAAAUUCUACUCGAUCAUCGAUCUAAAAGAUGCAUAUUUUCAGAUAC